AUGGUUCGCCGUACUCCUUCUCAACCUGCCCCGUCGCGACCUUCUAGCCCACAAGCAGAGGACGUCGAAGAGGGCCCUUAUUUUGAUAACGUAGAUGAACUACAGCAACAUGCCGCGGCAAUCAAUACCGUAUCUGGAGUCAACAUGACAACCCGCCGACAAAUGCUGAAAAUCAAGGGAAUGUCAGAAGCGAAGGUUGAGAAGAUCAAGGAAGCGGCGCAUAAGAUGCUGGGCUCCUCAUUUGCGACAGGACUCGAGGUGCAAGAGAAAAGGAAGAGGGUACUCACCAUCAGUACGGGUAGUAAGUCCGUCGACACAAUUCUUGGCGGUGGCGUCAUGUCUCAAUCCAUCACAGAAGUUUACGGCGAGUUUCGCACCGGAAAAACUCAGCUUGCGCACACCAUGAGCGUCGUCACUCAACUUCCUCCGGACAUGGGAGGUGCUGCUGGAAAGGUCGCCUACAUCGACACGGAGGGGACGUUCCGACCGGAUCGUAUCAGGGCAAUAGCAGACCGCUUUGGGGUGAACGGAGAUAUGGCCUUGGAGAACAUCCUUUACGCACGAGCAUUCAACAGCGAGCAUCAGAUGGAACUUAUCAACGAGUGCUCUAUUCGGUUUGCCGAAGACAAAGAUUUUAGACUACUCAUUGUAGACAGCAUCAUGGCGCUGUUUCGCACUGAUUAUUCGGGACGAGGUGAAUUGAGUGAGAGACAACAAAAGCUCGCACAAAUGCUCUCGAAGCUUAGCAAAUUGUCAGAGGAAUAUAACAUCGCAAUCUUGAUGACGAACCAAGUCCAGUCUGACCCUGGUGCAACGAUGACUUUCGUGGCUGGCGGUGCCUUGAAACCCAUCGGUGGUCACAUCCUCUCGCAUGCCUCGGCAACCAGAAUGUUCCUCCGGAAAGGGCGCGCCGAGGAACGGGUCGCCAAACUUGUUGACAGUCCGGAUAGACCAGAAAGUGAAGCAUCCUACAAGCUCGACGAAGGCGGAUGGGCAGACGUCUAA